CAUCAAAUUCAUGACUCGAGUCUGACUCGAGUCCAAGUCACAUGACUCGAGUCCACACCUCAGAGGUGGGACAAAGUCAUUGUUAUGCAAGUCCAAGUCGAGUCUGAAGUCAUCAAAUUCAUGACUCGAGUCUGACUCGAGUCCAAGUCACAUGACUCGAGUCCACACCUCAGAGGUGGGACAAAGUCAUUGUUAUGCAUGUCCAAGUCGAGUCUGAAGUCAUCAAAUUCAUGACUCGAGUCUGACUCGAGUCCAAGUCACAUGACUCGAGUCCACACCUCAGAGGUGGGACAAAGUCAUUGUUAUGCAAGUCCAAGUCGAGUCUGAAGUCAUCAAAUUCAUGACUCGAGUCUGACUCGAGUCCACACCUCAGAGGUGGGACAAAGUCAUUGUUAUGCAAGUCCAAGUCGAGUCUGAAGUCAUCAAAUUCAUGACUCGAGUCUGACUCGAGUCCAAGUCACAUGACUCGAGUCCACACCUCAGAGGUGGGACAAAGUCAUUGUUAUGCAAGUCCAAGUCGAGUCUGAAGUCAUCAAAUUCAUGACUCGAGUCUGACUCGAGUCCAAGUCACAUGACUCGAGUCCACACCUCAGAGGUGGGACAAAGUCAUUGUUAUGCAAGUCCAAGUCGAGUCUGAAGUCAUCAAAUUCAUGACUCGAGUCUGACUCGAGUCCAAGUCACAUGACUCGAGUCCACACCUCAGAGGUGGGACAAAGUCAUUGUUAUGCAAGUCCAAGUCGAGUCUGAAGUCAUCAAAUUCAUGACUCGAGUCUGACUCGAGUCCAAGUCACAUGACUCGAGUCCACACCUCAGAGGUGGGACAAAGUCAUUGUUAUGCAAGUCCAAGUCGAGUCUGAAGUCAUCAAAUUCAUGACUCGAGUCUGACUCGAGUCCAAGUCACAUGACUCGAGUCCACACCUCAGAGGUGGGACAAAGUCAUUGUUAUGCAAGUCCAAGUCGAGUCUGAAGUCAUCAAAUUCAUGACUCGAGUCUGACUCGAGUCCAAGUCACAUGACUCGAGUCCACACCUCAGAGGUGGGACAAAGUCAUUGUUAUGCAAGUCCAAGUCGAGUCUGAAGUCAUCAAAUUCAUGACUCGAGUCUGACUCGAGUCCAAGUCACAUGACUCGAGUCCACACCUCAGAGGUGGGACAAAGUCAUUGUUAUGCAAGUCCAAGUCGAGUCUGAAGUCAUCAAAUUCAUGACUCGAGUCUGACUCGAGUCCAAGUCACAUGACUCGAGUCCACACCUCAGAGGUGGGACAAAGUCAUUGUUAUGCAAGUCCAAGUCGAGUCUGAAGUCAUCAAAUUCAUGACUCGAGUCUGACUCGAGUCCAAGUCACAUGACUCGAGUCCACACCUCAGAGGUGGGACAAAGUCAUUGUUAUGCAAGUCCAAGUCGAGUCUGAAGUCAUCAAAUUCAUGACUCGAGUCUGACUCGAGUCCAAGUCACAUGACUCGAGUCCACACCUCUGGUAAUCCCGCUUCUUCAUGAUUACACCUACUACUGGCACCCACCCCUUGCUCGUUUUUGUCAAUCCAAAAAGUGGAGGCAAACAAGGAGAAAAAAUUCUCCGAAAGUUUCAAUACCUUCUCAAUCCUCGGCAAGUGUAUAACCUCAAUAAAGGCGGUCCAUUUCCAGGAUUGAACUUCUUUCGUGACGUCCCCGAUUUCCGAGUGCUCACUUGCGGUGGGGACGGCACUGUGGGCUGGGUUUUGGACUGCAUCGACAAACUCUCUCUGCCAAAGCGUCCACCUGUAGCAGUCCUUCCUCUUGGCACAGGGAAUGAUCUGGCUCGGUGUCUGCACUGGGGUGGUGGUUAUGAGGGCGGCAGCCUGCGCAAGACCCUGAAGGACGUGGAGAACAGCACUCCGCUCAUGCUGGACCGCUGGAGUAUCGAGGUCGUUGCCACGGAUCUCGACGAAAAGGGCGACCCUGUACCUUACUCCAUCAUCAACAACUACUUCUCCAUCGGCGUGGAUGCCUCAAUAGCUCACAGAUUUCACCUGAUGAGAGAGAAGCACCCAGAGAAAUUCAACAGCCGGUAAGAUCACACACAUCCUCUAGGGUCCUCAUUC